UUUUUUCUUUUUUUUUCUUCUUCUUCUCUCUCUCCCUCUAUAUAUACUUAGUCAUAUUAUAGAAUUAUGCCUAAGCGACGUAAUAGUCAAAAACGACCGUCAGAAUUAGCGACAUUACUAGCAGAAACACGUAGUACUUCUCUUCCUUACUCUAUAUAUGACUACUCGUCUUAUUCUGGCACCUAUCACCCAAACAACAUUUAUUUUGAUACACCCCAAAAUCAAUCUUCACGUUGGUCAAGUGGCUCUCAUGAUGGAACUCAAUUCAUUACUUUACGACUAGAUCAACCUACUAUUGCACGGUCUAUCCUAUGGGGCAAGUUUCAUCGAAGUCAUGUUUGUAAUGUCAAGGAAUUCAAGGUUUAUGGUGGUCUAGAUCCGAAUAAUAUGUCUGAACUCCUAUUCCAAGUUCUACAGAACCAUAGUAAGCCUGAAAUGUUCAAACUUAGGCAUACAUAUCAUGGUUUAGUUAUUCCUAUUCAGUAUAUCAAGAUUGUUCCCAUUUCGACAUUCAGCACCAAUUUCAACUAUAGUAUUUGGUAUUUGGAAAUACACGGUAUUACAGAUGCUUCCAUUAUCCGACGUGCCUUGGAUGAAUAUGAAAAUUUUAGAGAAAAAGAAACGAUACGUCUUUGUAUGAAACAUUUUCGACAAAGGAACAUGGUGGAUAUCUUUCAAUUGAUCAAACAACAAUCUGGAAUCGAAUUAGAGAAUCCUCUUUUGACACAACUACAUACUGCUUUGGUCAAAGAUGGUGAUUUUGAAUUGGCUGAAAUUUUGGUGGAACAAAUAGAUCAGCAAUAUCAAAUCUUUGAAUCAUUCACUCGACGGACAAAAUAUCAGUCUUCUUGGGAAGAGUUACAUCCUAUUCCAACAACAGAUGGUGAUAUGCCUUGUGCCCGUGGUGGUCACCAGAUGUGUAUUGAUUCCUCAAAUGGAUUGAUUUAUUUACAUGGUGGAUGGACUGGGAAAACAAAUCUGGCUGACUUUUGGUGUUAUUCUAUCAAAGAAAACAGAUGGAUCCUUAUUAGCAAUGAUACCAGUAGACAAGGGGGCCCAUCAGCAAGAUCUUGUCAUCAAAUAUGUUUAGAUACAUCAAGUCAAUCUUUAUUUGUUUUUGGACGUGUAGCAGACAUUCAUGCCAAUCGUUCGGAUACAAGCAAGAAGGAUAAUUUGAAAGCGGAUUUCUAUCGAUAUUAUAUUGAAACUGACCAUUGGGAAAAGUUAGAUGAUCAUACUGCUGAUAACGGAGGACCUGAACUUCUUUUUGAUCAUCAAAUGUGUGUAGAUGGAUCUGCAGGGAAGUUGUACGUUUUUGGUGGUCGAUCCAUUUCUGGUAGCAAACUACAUCAAUAUAGUGGACUUUAUUCCUACGAUAUUCAAAAUAGCACCUGGAAGCUUUUACGGAAUGAUUUGAACAAGAAUCAUAUGCCAUUGACACCAGAAUCAUCAUCAGCAAAUAGUUCAGCAAAUUCUUCACCUAUAUCAAAACCUCAUCGUUAUCCUUUCAACAUACCAUUACAAUCUCGAAUUGGUCAUUCUAUGUUAUCAGGGUCUGACCGUCAUCAGUUAUAUAUACUCGGAGGAGAAUGUGCUGAAAACCAUUUUUGUGAUCUGCAUCAGUACGACAUCGAUACCGAUACAGUAGUCUGUAUAUCUCCACGUCAUGGGCAAAAGCAAAGGAAAUUUCAUCAACAGCGAAGUCAAUCAUGUGAUGAUGCUCGUCCUAUAAACAGCAGCGAAAGUGAAGGAAAUGAUUACUAUGAUGACGAUGACAGCGAUGAUGAUGAUAUUGGAACAAUGGGCACUGGAGAAAGCGAUACACCUUAUGACAGCAACAAUGGUACAACAUAUUGUUACUACCGUGGUGAUGGUAGCUCUGGAUUGGCAACUCCCAGCGUAGGAUCGGACUUGGGUUAUACACAACGAGCUACUAUGGACGAAAACCUGGGUCAAAUAUAUGUAUUUUUUGGCUAUUUACGAAAUAUGGGCUGUAAAACGGUGAAAAAUGUGUUACGGAUUUAUCAUUUAGAUCGUAAUACUUGGGAAGAUAUCUAUUCCAAUGAAAGAUGUCACCAAUCAUCAUCUGUACCUAUACCACCUGCACGACCACAGCGACAACAACAACAAUCAUUCUUUACUGGUCGAAGUAAUAUCAACGGCGGUGCAACAACAACAGCAGCAAAAACAACAACAACAACAACAAAUAUUGGAUCAUACUCUUCGUCUUCUGAUAUUAUUGAUGCAGCUACUGAUUAUCCAACACCUAGAUUCUCAUAUCAAUGGAUUUAUGAUCCAAUUUCGAAAUGUCAUUAUCUUUUUGGUGGUGAUCCUCAUGAAUAUACUGAUUCUGAUCGUCGAUUGGGUGAUUUAUGGAAAUUGAAACUGAUAAAACCCGAUGUGCAUAGUGUAGCACAGAGAUGCAAGUAUCUUAUCAGGGUGCAAAAAUUCAAAGAACUUUGUGCCAACAUUGAAAAGAACAAGCAUUACGAUAUGAUAUCUCAAGCUUUGAAUUAUUUACAAACACAAGUGACUCCAUUGGUAGACAAAGAAGAUGAUGAAGAAAAUAGGAUUUUGGGUCAUUUAUGUGCAAGACUGUGUUUACUGGGUGAUGAAAACAGAUCAAUCAAACAAAAUGAUUUACAACCAAAAGAACAAUACAAGUGGCUGAACAAGUCGAUAGACACUUUUUAUAUGGAUAGAACUAGUGUUUACACUGAAUUAUUAAAGUAUUUCCCAAGUGAUAUGUGUGAACCGACGGGUAAUAUAUCCGAUGCUUUACGCUUAUAAUAGAUCCAUUGAUUCUAGUGUAGUGUAGCUUAACUUUUUUUUUUUGAUUUGAAAAUAAAGUAAAUAUACUCUUUCU